CAAAUAGUUCACAUCUUUCCUUCAGCUGGUGGAGGCGGGGCUAUGCAAAUCACAGCAUGACUGAGCGGAAAGUUGCCUCAAAACCGAUUCACAUCACUGUCAUUCACAACCCGACAAGGUGAGACUACAGAACACAUCGCUUAAUGAAGAAAAACUCUUCUAGAGAAUCGCACGUCGGAAUAGCCUAAAAUAAGACUGAGUUUUUACGCACGGAAAAGUUACUAUUCUUCAACUUUAAUCGUCGGACAUGCCACCUCAAAUGGAUUAUUAUUGUGAAGAAUCCCGCGUCCCCUCUUCAUGCGGAUUGAUAAACCAAGAGGCCGGGUUGGAGAGGGAGUCAGCGCCGGGGUUGGAGAGGGAGUCAGCGGCUAUCAGCUGUAUGCUGGUGGGGGACGGGGCGGUGGGAAAGACAAGCAUGAUAGUCAGUUACACCAGCAAUGGAUACCCCACGGAAUACAAACAGACCGGCUUUGAUGUCUUUUCAGGUCAGGUCCAAGUAGGAGGAGCCUCAGUCAGAAUACAACUACUGGACACAGCUGGACAGGAGGUGUUUGACGAUUUCCGCUCCCUCUCCUACUCCCACACGGACGUCUUCCUGCUCUGCUUCAGUGUGGUCAACCCCACCUCCUUCCACAAUGUCACCAACAAGUGGAUCCCAGAGAUCCGAGCCUGCAACCCCUCAGCUCCCAUCAUCCUCGUGGGCACCCAGUCCGACCUCCUGCUGGACGUCAACGUCCUGAUCAACCUGGCCCGCUGCGGGGUCAAACCGGUGCUGACCAAUCGGGCGCGGAGCGUGGCGGUGAAGAUCAGAGCGGCGGACUAUGUCGAGUGUUCUUCGUUGACGCAGAAGAACUUAAAAGAGGCGUUCGACGCGGCCAUCUUUGCUGCCAUCAAACACAAGACCAGGAAGGAGAAGAAGAGGCAGCUGUCGGACAGACGCAGCAAGGCCUUCUCUAAAUGCAGCUGGAAGAAAUUAUUCUGUUUUAUCUGAGAUGAGAUCCCAUGGGUCCUGGACAGAAUAAUGACUAUUAUUAUUUAUUAACUUAUGAAGACUUACUAAGAACUUGUAGCUUUGGAAUCGGCCCAGAAUUGGUAAAUGAACUGAGUUCUACUGGAGUCCUGGACUGAAGACAGUGGUAGAGUGGUAUAGCGUACUUCACUAGCCAUUGCAGGUUUCACUAGCCAUUGCAGGUAACCAAGUAAGAACAGGUACUGAAGCGUAAUGAAGACAAGAGAAAUUUAAAACCAAGGACAUUGAGUACAUCUUGUCAGUGGGACAAGGCUGUCAUGUAAAUGGUGUGAAUUCCUUUGCAUGGUCUGGAUUGGUGUCUUUUCUAACCUGAGAGCUUGCUGCGCUGCCUCUGUGUGAUAGUCAGAGAGUCAGUGGGUUGUGAGAGAGAAGGAUGUUUUUUUUAGGUCGUCAGGGGUUGGUUGUUAGCCUUUUCUCAUUUGCAUUUUUGCUGCCCAGCCACACAAAACAAGGCCUAUUCAUAUUCAACGGUGUACGUAGGCUGAAGUCACAGCACUAGGCUAGGUGCUACCUUCUUACCUGUGUGUGACCUGGGAAUGGCUUCCACAGGCCAUUGUGUUGGUUAGGGUGGCACGUAGCCUAGCGGUUAGGGCAUUGGGCCAGCCACCGAUGAGGUAAAAAAAAUCACACGGCACUUUUUAUUGAUUUUAUCUUUUAUUUCGCCUUUAUUUAACCAGUUAAGGCCAGUUGAGAACAAGUUACAACUGGGACAUGGCCAAAAUAAAGCAAAAGCAGUAUGACACAAACAACAACAACAACAACAACAGAGUUACACCUGGAAUAAACAAACGUACAGUCAAUAACACAAUAGAAAAAGUCUAUACGCAGUGUGUGCAAAUGGCGUAAGGCAAUAAAUAGGCAAUAAUUGCUCCAGGGUCGCGACCCCACUCUCCGAGGGUGUCUCAGGGAGAGUUGGGAUGUGCCAAAAACCCACAUAGGACUAAUAGGAAACAGGACAAAUAUAAACACCCACCAAAUGAAUGAGUUCAAUUAUUAAGCUUCGAUGCCGGGCAGGGUAGCCUAGUGGUUAGAGAGUUGGACUAAUAACCGCAAGGUUGUAAGUUCAAACCCCUGAGCUGACAAGGUUCAUGCCUCUGCAGAAUGUUCUGUUGGGGUUUCAGCCUCUGCAGAAUGUUCUGUUGGGUUUUCAGCCUAAAUGCAGAAUGUUCUGUUGGGGUUUCAGCCUAAAUGCCUCUGCAGAAUGUUCUGUUGGGUUUUCAGCCUAAAUGUCUCUGCAGAAUGUUCUGUUGGGUUUGCAGCCUAAAUGCCUCUGCAGAAUGUUCUGUUGGGUUUUCAGCCUAAAUGUCUCUGCAGAAUGUUCUGUUGGGUUUGCAGCCUAAAUGCCUCUGCAGAAUGUUCUGUUGCGUUUGCAGCCUAACAGUUCUCCACUAGGAGAAGUGAAUGUCUGUGCCUCACAUACUCCCUUAAAAUACCUUUUCUUGAAAAACUUUGUCCCUCUUGAGACGCCGUAGCCAGUAUACACUUCCUAUACCCUGGCCCAGGAGAAAUCCCCAGCCCACUGUUUUAGCCUUUGUUUGUUUACAUCGGUAGUGAGUAGAGACUAGAAAACCCCAGGCAAUAGAAACCCCAAGACCGCCCAGCUCCCUUAACCUCCAGUGAAUGAAACACCUAACUUGUCUCCAUCUGAUUGUACUCCUCACUCUCUAUCUCCAGCCGAUUCAACCCUACUGCUCUAUAGAAUACACUGUGUACAUUAUAGUAGGCUAAAAUAACUCCUGCUUGAAUGUUAACACUCACUUUAAAUAGCCUGGGUGCCCGUCUAGGUCUGUGGUUUAUUGGACAGGGAUGUUAUUGCCAGACCGAUGGUGAGUCAGUCCUAGCUUGUUUAUUGAGACGAGGGUUGGCAUCCAGGCUAUAUGCUGGUUAUGCUUCUCGUGGAAGAGCUCAUGUGAAUUUGAUAUAUAUUUCUGUUUGUUUUAAACAGUUCAUCAAAUGUUUGGUUUUUUUUGUCUGCAAUGUUACAGGUGACAAGGAAUUUUCACCAUAAUGCUUCUAAAAGCUGUGAACAGUUUACCUUUGGGGAAUCGCAUAUUUCUGUCACUAAUCUUCUAAACCAAACCCUCUGUCAAUACUUUGCUUUUUCAUACUGUGUUUGAAUGAAGCGAUGGAAAUAAAUAAUUUAAACAAA